AUGCUGCGCCGCCUCGCACGCGUGGUGCAUCUGAACAAGAAAAGGGAACUGCAGACCCCCAAGCGCCCUAUAGUCGGUGACGGCCACGGCUCGGACGAGGCCGACCCAAAAUGGGGCCCCGUCCUCGCCCUCUCCGAUGAGUCGCUUGCGAACCUCGCUCUGGACAUCGCCUCCAACAUCUCUACCAUCCCGAAGAGCGCCCUCCCGGACAGUUCCAGCGUCAAGGUCGUAUCCAAAAUGAAUGGCUGCAACAACUGCGUCUUUGUCGUCGAGUAUCAUGAGGGCCUGAGGCUCUGCAUACGCGUCCCGGCCUGUGGCUGGGAAGGCAAGUGGAGCGACGCCGACGCCGAUUCUCUCCAGGUCCAGGUCCGCACCAUGCAGUACAUCUCGCGACACACCAAAUGCCCCAUACCCGACAUCAUCAGCUACGACACCACCUUCGACAACGCCAUCCACGCCCCGUAUGUCGCCAUGGCCUACAUUGAGGGCCGGUCAGUCGAGGAGCUGUGGUACGACGACACUGGUCCUCUGCCGCUGGAGGAUAUGCGCCAAAACAUCCUGCGCUCACUGGCCAAGGCCGUCUCCGAGCUGCGCCCUCUGACGUUUGACAAGAUGGGAUCCCUCCACUUCAGCGCUGAGCAAGACGACAACCCCACCAUUGGCCCGUUCAACGUCAUCAACUUCGGAGCUAGCCGCAACCCCGACUUCAUGGAAUACGUCAACAAGAUGGACAAGAACCCGUUGUCCGACUCACGAGCCUGGCUCCGCGGUCGGCUCAAGGAUUGGAUGAAGGAGGAGACUGGGCCUUCGGAUGAGAACCCCCGCCCGAGAGGGCUCAUAUUUCACGAGAAACUCGGAGCCUUUCGCCUCUUCUCCAUGGUGCUUGACGAAUUCCCCAUGGCAGAGGACCCAGAGGAGAAGUUCGUGCUCGCACCGCCCGACUUGGAUUGGCAGAACAUUUUGGCAGACGCCAACGGCAACGUCACGGCCAUCCUCGACUGGGACCGGGUCGAAACCUUGCCGCGCUACCUGGGCUGGUCCAUGCUCCCUGAAUUCCUUUUCAGGGACUGGGAGCCCAAUGGCUGGUACGUCUGGCCGCACUGGGCCCAGAAGACCAUGUCGCCCAUGGAGUACGCCAAGUACCGUGACGACUAUGCUCGCUUCAUGAUGGAUGCUUGUGAUGGAGAGGGCGAUUGCAAGUACACGGCCAAGUCUCAUAUAUUCGAGCAAGUUGCGUUUGCCAUCGGCCGGACUGAUUACAUGGACGUCAUUCUUCAGAGGAUCCUUUUGGUCACGCUCCCCCAGGUCAACGCCAAAGUUGCCGUACAGUACAUCGGCGACCAUGGCAUCGCCCCUGCAGAGAGGGACAAGCUCAAGCAAGAGUUCAAGAAGUUGCUUGCUUGCUGA